UUUAACUGAAAGAGGGUUGGAUCAAGGCAGUAUCCACUUUCUAACCUGUCCAGUCUUCUUCUAGGAUUCACUGCUUAGAUACCUAGGCUUUUCACAUCAUGAACAUGCUUAUCGUGUUGACUCUGGCUACUGCAGCAGUAGUUCAAUCAAAACCCCUUUAUUCCACUGCUCCUGUGGUUUCCUACAGCAGUUUAUAUUCUCCUUACAACAGUGCUCCUGCUGCCUACAUUAAUAACCAGGAACCUGUGAACCCCAUGGCAACCUACUCUAAUAUCCCUGUCUCCACCUAUGCCAGGUUUGCAUCUCCAGUCUAUGGUUACUCCGGAGUAGGUGCUCCAGUAGCCUAUUCUGCUCCAUUAGCCUACUCUGUUCCUGCAACCCACACUACCCUGACUAGCUAUAACAACCCAGAGCAGUAUACAGCUAUUAAUACUGGAGUACAUGGAAUAAAGCAUAUUGCAAAGAAUGGUCCUGUUGAGCAUGUGGUUGUAAAACGUGAAGCUCCUGUUUUAAACAACCUGAGGAGGAUAACAUGUUGGGAAAAUGGAACCAAAAUUCCUUGCUCUUUCUAGAAGGAUUUUUCUUGCAGAAAACAAUUUGAUUAUAUCUGAUACAUCUCUUAAAAUGUGCAUUAAUGUUCAAUACAGAAAUGUAAUGUGAAAAUUUAUUAUUAGUCGAGGUUGAAAACUGAAUAAAUUAUUAAUCAUAUUAA